GCUCUCAGACACUGCUUGCAGGUGGAUGAGAAACUGAAUACAUCUGAGGUAGGCAAGAGAGGUAAGCAAGAGUGCAACCAAAUAGUAAGAAUCGAGUGCCACGAACUAACAGGAACCGAGGGCCACCAACCAGCAGGUACUAACUGCCACCAACUAGGAGGGACCAAGUUCCACCACCCAGGAGGGACCAAGUGCCACCAACCAGCAGGUACUAACUGCCACCAACCAGGAGGGACCAAGUGACACAAACCAGCAGGUACUAACUGCCACCAACCAGGAGGGACCAAGUUCCACCACCCAGGAGGGACCAAGUGCCACCAACCAGCAGGUACUAACUGCCACCAACCAGGAGGGACCAAGUUCCACCACCCAGGAGGGACCAAGUGUCACCAACCAGCAGGUACUAACUGCCACCAACCAGGAGGUACCAAGUGCCACCACCCAGGAGGGAACAAGUGCCACCAACCAGGAAGGACUGAGGGAUACAAUCACACAGAGUGAGGAGAGGGGCAUCCUGCAAAUAUGCUUCUCUUAGGGAUGAUGGUCUUGAUCUCCUGGGGGUCUCAAUGUAACAGCUUAUUUAUGGCUGAGGUAGACACGACUGAGGUGCAUGGCUCAAUCACGAUGGAUACGGAAUCUGGAGUGUUCACAGCCAAUAUCUCUGGAGCUUGUAAUGAAGCAUACAUCACCAUACAUCAAUAUCCAGUAAGUUAUGGGGCAUUCCAGGACCCAUGUCACCCAGAAAAUAUUGGUCAGUCGCUAUACAACAUCAGCCUAAAUGAUCAUUUACAAUCUUGGUUCUCAAACAACACUUGGCUAGUUGGAUGCUCUUUGGUAGUUAACUCGUGUGGUCAUCAGGCAUGUGCCAACAUUUUUCAUACCAGUGGACUUUUUAAUACAUGGCGAGCCACUAUGCGCUCCUUCCUGGUAGGCCAUGUUUACAUUAUGCAAGUACGAGAUGUCAAUCCAGUUACUGUCAUUGCAGAGCUGGCAUUAUUGGAAGGGUCCCCUACAUCUUCAGCUACUGUGUACUUCUCAAACAGUUGCCAAAUACAAGCCAGUAAACCAUCUGUCAUUGCUGAUGUUGGAGGUCGCCUAAAGACUGCCAGGAGCAGGAAAGAAUUGGCAAUCAUUUCAGUAAUGCAGUAUGUUGUCCUAGAGUAUGAAGAGCAAAGGAUUUGUGCAGAGGUUAAGCAAAUGAAGUCAAAAGAAGCAACCGCUAAUUUCUCUAUGAAUGGUGUAAAAGGUUCAUUUAUCAUCAAACAAGAGUCACCUUUCCACCCAACCCAGCUACGACUCAACUUACAGAACCUCCGGUGGACAGCCAGUCAUUUUUCAAUCCAUUCGCUUCCUGUUCCUGCCCGUCAAAGGUCAACACAGGACCUGUGCAGUGACCUGGGAACAGGAGGACUUUGGAAUCCUUUGGGGGUAAACACAAGUGUCCUAAGUCAUUCAACCUCACCAGGGAAAAGCCACAAUCUAUGGGAGAUUGGAAAUCUUAGUGGCCGUCAUGGUACACUUCAAGGGUUUAAGGAAAUUAAGCAUGUGCUCAUAGAUUACAACUUGCCCCUAUACGGCACUAACAGCAUCAUAGGUCGUUCGGUUGUCCUGUCCACACCAGAUGGUUUGCAUAGGGUCUGCAGCACCAUACAGCAGGAAGAAGAAACGACUAUAGCUUUUGCGUCUUUCCAUACAGAGAUAAUCGGGAGGGUUCUCUUCAGGCAGCCGGUGGAUGAUCCAGAUGACGAUCUCUCAAUAUUAAUUGAGUUUGCUUCUGCCUCAGGAAGCACAAGCACAGGCCAUAAAUGGCAUGUCCAUGAAUUUCCACUACUGACAGAGGCUGAAAAUUGUGCCAGUGCAGGCAGGCACUUUAAUCCAUAUAACAUAUCAACCGGUGAAAACUACAGCAUGGAAUGUAGGUCGCACAGGCCCCUCUUGUGUGAAGCUGGAGACUAUGCAGGAAGACACACAACUCUAACCAUCUUGGCCGACUCUCCGACACGAUAUUUCUUCACAGAUACUUCUUCAUCUCUUUCAGGUCCAGCAUCCAUCAUAGGGAAAUCACUGGUUGUACACGGUAGGGAUGGUGUCUCCUCCCGCAUGGCUUGUGCCAAUAUUUUAUUGCAGAGACCAUUAAAAGCAAAGACCAGUUCUUGGUUUGGGACUGGCAAUGCCUUGGGUGAUCUCACGAUUUCACAGACAUCGGAUCUAGAUUCUACAUCAGUUCACAUCCAUUUCAGUGGUCUAAAUAGCCAUGCAGGGGGCUUCCACAUUCACCAGCUGCCUGUUAUUGAAAGGUCCAGUAACCCCUGCUCAGAUGAUCUCAUUAAAGGUCACUUCAACCCUUUUGGGGUGGAUGUAUCAGCAUCCCCUGCAGAGGGCAAUGGGACAGAUGAUGAGUACGAAUUAGGGGAUAUCAGUGGCCGACGUGGAUCUCUAGCAAACAAAGACAGCAUGGAUCAAAGCUAUAAGGACACCAAUCUCCCUCUUUUUGGGACUCAUAGCAUUCUCUGGCGUUCCCUGGUUAUUCACUACAGUAACAGCUCAAGAAUGCAGUGUGCCACCCUUCUUCCUACAAUGGAACCAGAUGGUGAACAGAUUCAGGCAACAGUUGUUUUUAAAGGAAACUUUACUGGCAGCAUAACCAUGACCCAGUUGGUGUACCCCGAUGGAAGCUUCAGUGAUACCAUGGUGCUGGUGGAUCUUGAAGAUGGAAUGUCCGGCAAGAACGUCAACCUCCAGUGGUACAUUGCAAGAGAAGAUGAUGAAAUGGAAGUCUAUAACCCAUAUAAUUUACCUGAUCAGAUAGGAUCUAUUCCAUCAUGUGAUCCCCAAAACACACUGCGCUGCAAGGUUGGAGACUUAACGGCAAAACAUGGCACCAUUAUCCCUGGGAACAGGAAGAUCGUUACUGAUUCCAACCUCCCGCUGCUUGGUGACUUCACAGUCAUAGGAAGAUCUAUGGCUGUUAAGACAGACUCCCAGGAUCUCUUUACGACCAACAUAUUACCUGAUGUUCCUGUAUCCUUCCUAUUGGUUCCACGAGAGACCCCGUUUAAUAAACUCGCAUUGCGUGAUGCCGUGUCUGUAGCUCUGCACACACCUACCUGGAAGGUGACUUUGCUCCCAGACAUAAGAGAUAGCAAUGAGACAUGUCGGCGAGUCAACUUCUUUGUAAUCGGGUUUAAUGACAGCAAGGCACUCUCAUUGCUACAAACCCAGGGUCUGCCAGGAUCUCUCCGUUCAACAUGUCGUCCAGCAUUGGUUCCUUUAGAAGCCUAUGGAACAGCAAAUGUCUCCAAUCUCCCCUUGCUAUGGGCAAUUAUGUGUCUUGCUAUUGUACUGGCAUUGUAACUGCCCCAGGACCUGUUGGCUGAUGUAUCUGAAACCUCUUUCUGCAGUUAGUGAAUUUCUUUAAUCUCGGGUAAUUCUGUAGAAUA